GGGUGUAGCAUGAAGCAGGAGGUUGAGGAUGACGAAGGAGGCCCACAUAGCAGACAAUUCAUUAUAAAAAGCCACGACAGCGUGCUGCUCAACUUAGUCUGCAUUUAUCGCUCCACAGGUGCUAAAGUCACUGACCACACACGAGGGAAAGCUCGCUCUCACCUGGCAUAAAAUUCUGUGUGUUUGUGCGUUUGAUCCUGCAGCCUCGCCGGAGUCAUAAAUCACCAAAUUCCUCGUGUUUUAACAAAAAGAAAAACCAAGAGAUUUUCCAAAGAUGGUGGCUUCAACAAUCCUGCCUGCAUUCCUCAUCCUUGCCAUUGCUUUAUCACUAACCCGUUGUGAAACAAAUCAAGAUGAUUUCCAGGCCAGCGAUAUGAAGAGUGACGCAAUUAAAAGGCCAUUCUUCGUGGGUAGUCGCUAUGGGAGAUCUCAGUACUACGGCCCUAAAGCCCUGAGGCAAGUCAACGUGGCACCACGAAAUGAUCGCUUCUUCCUCGGCUCGAGGUACGGGAAACGCUCUCAGGAGCUCAUGACAACACUUUCCGAUCAGAACUUCUCAGCGGCAUCCAAUGAUGCGUGGCUCAUGUGUAUCUAUACUGGCGUAUCGAAUCUCUACCGGUGCAAUGGGAAUGAGAACAGCAGCCCCAGUGAUACAGGCGCUGAGUAAAGAAGGAUACACCACAAAUUUAUGUAACGACGCGGACAACAGGGAGACGAAGGAGCGAGAGAACACAGGGAUGAAAACCCGCAGAAGAUUUUAAUUUAAUAAAAAUUAAUUUAAUUAUUGCAAAUACGUAUAUAAACUAUGUAAAAUUGCCACACGCUAGUUCGGAGAAAUGUAUAAAAAAAAGCACUUCCUUUGGCCCCUUUUUCUAUACAUAAUACUUAAUUAAUUGCCUUCUGAUUUUCUUUUAAGCAAACAAAAUACGUGUGUAUGGAAAAAUUAUGGCUGGAAAUUUUACCAUGCGCUUCUAAAUGUUAUUAAAAUAAAAGAAAAAUAAAAUGAAAUUAGCAGCAAGAAGAGAGAGAAUUUUUUUUCUUCUAAGCAUUAUUUUGUUUGCUUGCAUAUUAUGCUAAAUGAGGAAGAAUAAAGAGUAACAAAGACCUAAACAAAUGAAAUUAAUGUAAUAUUUUAAGGAGAGAUGGUAUGAGCUAUCAAAUUAUUGUAAUCAAUCUAUAAAUAUAUACAAAAAAAUGUAAUUAAAUUGAAGAAAUGUUAAUAAAAUAGAAAGGAGUAAUGUUU